UCACGUGAUGCGUGAAAGGCCAUUAAACAAACGCGAAACGCGUGCACAGAAACAAACAACUCUUUCUUCCUCACCACCACAAUCAAUCUUCGCAAACGUCGAAGUAGGGUCAUUUUCUUCAGCCAAUUCUCAUCACACUUCUGAAGCAUGUCUGGUCGUGGAAAAGGUGGCAAGGGUCUCGGCAAGGGCGGUGCUAAGCGUCACCGGAAGAUCUUGCGUGACAACAUUCAGGGUAUCACCAAGCCCGCUAUCCGACGUCUGGCACGUCGUGGAGGUGUCAAGCGUAUCUCUGGUCUUAUCUAUGAAGAGACUCGAGGUGUUCUCAAGAUCUUCCUUGAGAAUGUCAUUCGUGACUCCGUUACCUACACGGAGCAUGCUAAACGAAAAACUGUUACCGCUCUCGAUGUUGUGUACGCACUGAAGCGCUCAGGGCGCACACUUUACGGUUUUGGAGCAUAGUUAACCGUAUUUGUAUUGGAGUAUAUUUUUUAUUGGGGCAUGACUCCUUUUGCGAUAUUAUUGUAUACUACGUAGCCUCCUCUUAUCUUUUCUCAUGGUCACCUAGAUCAAUGACUUUUAUUUGUCUUGGGCUUGUGGCCUCGUGCGAAAAUUUGCAAUUCCCUGAUGUAAGCGCUGCGCUUAUGAGAGUUGUCCGUGGA